GAUUAAUUAGCCCCACAUUUUGUCUAAACAAUCAAAUGGCUUACAUUAACAAGGUUUCAGCGGUUGCAGCCAUUUUAUUUUUAGCGGUUACGACUGUCCCGCUGCUAGCUGAGCCAACGUUUCCUAAGAUGGAUCCUGAAUGUGCCCCAGUGAUGCCUGACCUUCUCGAAAAGUGUUUCGCAACCGUUAGAGAAAUGCCAACGGAUGAUUGCUGCAGCGAUCUCAAAUCCGCGACCACAACGCAAGUCACUUGCCUUUGUGAUAAUUACAUUGCGAACCCGGCGCUUGUGAACAUCACCGGACCGUACUCCGCCGGAAUCACAACCAAAUGUGGCGUUUUUGACAAAUACUCUUGCAAGAGUACUAGUAAUGGAGGAGAAGGAAGCAGCAGCAACAGUAGCAGUAGCAGCAAUAGCAAAGACAAUAACACAAGUGAGGGCAAUGGAGGAAGAGCGAACACCGUUGCUGCGGCAAUGGCUGUUUUUGGUUUAGUUGCAAGUCUAAUCUUCGUUAUGUUUUAAUUUCGAUUUUCAUUUGUUUUAAAUUUGGACGGACCAGUUUCCAUGUGAUUCUUUUCCUUCUAUUUCUCUUGUUUGAAACUGAGAAUUUCAAAAAUAACGUUUAUUUGAUUUCAUUUUCA